UUUCACCACAUCCUGAAAUGUCACAUUACUUUUCGAUUAGCAAUAACCUGUACAUUCUUUGUUGUGUCCGUGCAGUUAACUCCAGGUUGUUGUUGUUUUUAGUUUAAACACUAAAUUGAAUUAAAGUGAAUUAAAAGGAUCCCUUAAAGCUUUCUGAAGGAGAACAGAUAGCUACACUAACAGGUCGAUGGGGGGAAACAGUUUUAUCAUCGUAUUGUUUCUUGAUAUCAUUAGUAGCCUGUUAAUCUGUCCAUAUUUAUGAUUAUCAUUAUGAUUAUCAGUGUUCGGCUCGCAGAACUAUUUUAAUAUUAGGAAACCUACAGUCAGCUUUUGUAAACAAGACGCUAUAUGGUCAGGAGUACAGCUGAUCACUCCUUCCUGUCCCACUUGACGAUUUCAGUGACGUACGGAUGAUAAUUUUAGUAGGCUAUCGCAUUAUUGACAAUACACAGGCUAACAAGGUUUAUUUUUGACUGAUGUGAUCACAAUCUGAAAUGUUUGGGAAACUCAUCGCACAAUUUGUGGGCAGCGCAGAGAAGGACAGUGAUGUUGCAGUGGAGACUGAUAACUGUGCAAACCUCUUUGAGUUUGAAGAUGGCGAUUGGGUUAUUAUAAAGAUAAACAAGAACCAGUCACUUGGCUCAGCUGAGGCAGACAUUCUUGAGAACCUGUUGAUCGAGCACCCCAGCAUGUCUGUAUACCAGAUGAGACCUGAGGAAGACCUUAGUUCUGACGAAGAAGUGGAGGACAUGGCUAGGCCUGUGCCACUCAGACGUCAUGUUUCUUGGCAGUUAGCUGCAUGGGGCAGCCCCUUGCCCUGCAGCACCAUUCUGCUCUCAGUGCAGCGUGCCAGAGUCUAUAAUGAGCACAGGAAAAUGACCCGUGGCGCCCUCAACAGGCAAAACCUUACACAAACUCGAUUUUCGCCUUCCGAUCGCCGCUAUGGCUACUUCAAACAGCCCACACAGCGCCUGUACAACUACUGAGAUUUAGUCAAAUAUAUAUAUUUGGAAAAUAAAUAUAUAUGUAUUUACAUCUUAUACCACUGAACAUACAGGCUUUUGCUAUAUGAAUUGUCUUUUUUUAUGGGGUACGUUUGCAUAUCAUGCCAUGAAACCAUAUCCCUGUGAGACUGUUACUGUUCAAAGUUUAAAUGCAGUGUGGUGCUAUUUAACCUAUAAAAAAAAGUCUCACUGUCAGUCUGACACUGAAAUAACUGAAAACUGUGUGUUGGAAAAAUACAGUAGGUUGAUACAAAACACGACCUUAAAAUCUUUUAGUAUUUUAUUUAGUCCUUUAGUAUUUUGAAAUGAAACAAAGUAAUACUUUUUCUGUGCUUCUGGUUUAGCUUAGCUGUGACUGGUAAAAGAAUAAUGUUUAAAUAAAUAAAAAAUUAUGAAUAAAAAAAAAAAAAAAUCAGUGUUAAAGCUAGGCAAUGUCAUUUUUACAUUAGCUGUUUCUUAAUAUUACUGACAUGAAAAAGCUAUAUGUUGGAAUAAGUGAUUUACUGCCAAAGUGACAAAAUAAGAUUAUGUAUGCUGUGAUUCAUUUUGUUACACUUAUUGUUAUUAUUUGACUUUGUAUGUAUAUAAAUGCCUUUUUUAUUUUCUAUCUUUAAGAAUACAUUUGUUAAAAUGUUGUAAAACAUAAAAAAAUAGAGAAUUUAUCUUCA